AUGAAUGAAGUCGUCUGCAAGUUCUUAGUAGUUUUCUUGAGAUGGGUAUCUGUGGAAUGUGUGAGUCAUCGACGUCUCUGCAAGCGUGAAGAUAUUCAAAAACCGAAAAAUUAUAAGUGUGAAACCAUUCCGUGCAUAGAUCAAGAACAUGUCCAUUUUGUAAGGAAACUUGCCAGUGUCCAUCCAGAUUUUCAUGCUCCACAGAUUACUAUACAGCGUAUGAGGAGACCCUAG